ACAAGUCACGUAAUAAACCCAACAAAAAGGCGGAGAAAACCUCUCGUGCCUUGCGCUCUUCUCCCCACCGAAACUCCUCCGCCGCACCCCCGCCGGAGAUUCGCCGGAACCGCCUUCGCCCAAGUCAGAUGAUGGACGUGAGGGGCUUGAGAUUGGGUUAUUUCUUGGUCCUAUGCCUCGUGCCUUUCUUGCGCCAUGCCGUGGCUAUUCGCUUUGUGAUGGACAGGGGAGAGUGCUUCUCUCACAAUGUUGAUUAUGAAGGGGAUACAGUUCAUGUAUCAUUUGUUGUGAUCAAGGCAGACACUCCAUGGCACUAUAGCGAGGAUGGUGUCGAUCUCGUGGUGAAAGACCCUAAUGGCAAUCAGGUCCAUGAUUCUCGUGCCAAGGUUAGUGAUAAGUUCGAAUUCAUAGUUCAGAAGAGAGGUGUCCACCGUUUCUGCUUCACCAACAAGUCCCCGUAUCAUGAAACUGUGGACUUUGAUGUGCAUGUUGGUCAUUUUUCAUAUUUUGACCAGCAUGCCAAAGAUGAGCAUUUUGGUCCUUUGUUUGAACAAAUAAGAAAGUUGGAUGAUGAUCUGUACAACGUUCUGUUUGAACAGCACUGGCUAACUGCCCAAACAGACCGCCAAGCAAUAUUAAAUGAGAACAUGAGCACGAGGGCAAUUCACAAGGCACUCCUCGAAUCAGCUGCCCUUAUUGCAGCCAGUGCUGUGCAGGUCUACUUGCUGCGACGCCUCUUCGAGCGUAAGCUCGGUACAUCUAGGGUCUAAUUUCUACCUCUAGCUCUCCUCAUACUUACCAACCCGACUGGACUUCAUUACUACAGUGUGUGGUUUCAGGAUGUUCUACACCCUGUUCAGAUAUUCAUGAGUUUUUUUCUUUGAGAAUUUUGUAAUUUGGAUGACACAGUAUGGCGCAGCAUUAGAGUGCCUUCUGUGUUCCUAGUUGCGCUCCUGAGUUUCAGUUCA